GGUACACUCUCCCCGCACAAUGCUUUGGAGUCUUUCCCUUCUGCUGUUGACUUGGUGCAACUGCAUACAAUGAAAGCCACUGUUUGCACUGGCCUCACUGGCACACACGGAUAAAUCUUUAAGCAUCCUGGAACAGCGUGUCCUCAAUUGCAUGAAACUUCAGAUUCAUAGUUCUCGACACAGAGCUGGGGGGUGAUGUGCCCUGUGAAUGGAUUCACUGUUGGCUGAGGAUUUUGUUUCCAUUCAGGACAGUACACCUAUAUAUUUGCUUCAGAGGAGUCUGAUUUGUCGGUGUUCUGUUAUACCUGCAUUUAGUGGACAAUUUUACUGUGCAACAAUAUAAAGAAAGUAAUAUUAGCCAAGGAUUAGCUGACUUUCUCCAGAUACAGCAAACAUUUUGGACUGCAUUUAGCUGUGAAAUACUUAUAAUGUCUGUCAUGGAAAAAGUGAGUGAAGCAAAAGAGCCUGAGACUGCAGAAGCUACGAGCAAUGAGCCUGUAAACACAGAAUCUAAUGAGCUAACUUCCACCAUGGCAUCCCACAUAAAAUAUAUAUCUUUGGGGGUGUUGGUACUCCAGACCACCAGUUUAGUGUUAACGAUGCGCUAUUCCCGCACGCAGCAGGAAGAAGGACCACGAUACCUAUCAUCCACAGCUGUGGUUUCAGCAGAGGUGUUGAAGAUUGUGGCCUGUAUUCUGCUGGUUUAUAAAGACAACAAAUAUAAUCUCAGAUCUCUAAAAAGAGUGUUGCAUGAUGAAAUAAUUAACAAACCGAAGGACACUCUGAAGCUAGCGAUUCCUUCUGGGAUUUACACCCUGCAGAAUAAUGUUCUUUACAUUGCACUGUCCAACCUUGACGCAGCCACAUAUCAGGUGACAUAUCAGCUAAAAAUCCUCACAACAGCCUUGUUCACUGUGUCCAUGCUUCAGAGGAAACUAACAAAACAUCAGUGGGUCUCAUUGCUCAUACUGAUGGCUGGUGUAGCAUUAGUUCAGUGGCCUGCCGAUUCUUCAAAAACUCCUAACAAAGCGCUACCUACGGGCUCUGGCUUUGUGGGCCUCGUGGCUGUGAUCACUGCUUGUUUUUCCAGUGGCUUUGCUGGGGUCUACUUUGAAAAGAUUCUAAAGGAAACAAAGCAGUCCCUGUGGAUAAGGAAUAUACAGCUGGGGCUCUUUGGAUGGUUAUUUGGUCUAAUGGGAGUUUUAAUUUAUGAUGGACAGCGUGUCUCUAAGGGGGGAUUCUUCCAAGGAUACAAUAAUCUGACAUGGAUUGUUGUGGCUCUGCAGGCUCUGGGUGGAUUGGUGGUCGCCACUGUUAUUAAAUAUGCUGAUAACAUUUUAAAAAGCUUUGCAGCAUCUAUCUCGAUCAUUUUGUCCACACUGAUCUCCUACUUCUGGUUGAAGGAUUUUGUCCCCACAAGUGUAUUUUUUGUUGGAGCAUUGUUAGUGAUUGCAGCUACAUUUCUUUACGGCUAUGUUCCAAAAGCAUCAGCAAACCCUAUCAAAGCCUGAGGAUUAGCAAGUGGCAUAACAAUGGCAUUACUCUGCCCAGCUGCUGUGUGUUCUGGCAGGAGUGCGCCUGGUAAGCAGGACACAGAAAGCUUGCUGUGCUGCACACUGAGUAAAGACCCAAGGAUGUGAAGCAGCUGCCCUUUCACGAGAUGGACGCUAACAUUUUUUUUUUUAAAUACUUGAACAUGAAUGCAUUGGGUUUUAAUGAUGGCUGCACAACUUUUUGUAUUAGGUCAUUUUUUAUUUCAUCUUUAAAAUCUAUUUAUUUUUUUUAUGGUGCUCAGGCCUGGGAUACCCACCUGCAUCUGAUUUUGGAUAUUUUUAAGGGCAGCUGGAAAUGAUAUUAAGAACUUUGUCUUUUUGCACAAAUUCAGGAAAUCUUUCGUAUGUGUUUAUAUGAUAUGAGAGAUAAAGCACCUUACUGCCCUUGUGGGAUUGUUAUUUGGGAAAAUAAACAUUUUUUUUUACCAA